UUGUGAAGUGCAUAUGAUGCUACAACAUCAGAACUAGUUAUGAUGUGUUUGAUUCAUUCUUCACCUUAUCAAUAUUGAGCUGAAAACUGUUGAGGCAUUUUUAAUUUGUGAAUUGUUUGUUUUGAGAUUUUGGUUGUAAAUACCACAAAUAGGAUAUUGGAGUUUAAUAUCUUUCUGUCGCUAGCCACAAUAGUUAACAGAAUAAAAGUUUCACCCUUUUUUGUCAGCGUUGAGUUAAUUUUUCAGAUUUGUUGAGGCAAUCAAAACAGAUAGGACUGGUGAUAUUUAUCAUUAUUAUUGUAACACAAUGAAUGUAGCUGAAGUUGGGCAUAUGGAAGUUUCUUCACCUGCAGUUAGUCAGACUGGAAAAUCUGCCUGCCCUGAACAAAGCGAAUCAGGACAGAUACAUGGAAGUGUAUUUAGUGAAGCAUCAGAGCUAAGACAUCAACUUGGCUCUGAAACUAUACGAAAUGAACAAGGGGAAAUCAGCUUUUCUAAAAUUGUGACUGAAAGUUCUCUUACUGAACCACUAGGACCACCUCCUGAAGAUGUUAGCAAAAGUGGUCAGGCUGGAGAAGAUUCAUCCCCUCAACAAAUUACAUCAGAAAAUUUAUAUGAUUAUAAUUCUGCAAGCCUUAGUGAACCAUCAUACCAAAAACAUCAGCUUGGCUCUGAACUUGUACAUAAUAAACCUGUAGAAACCAGCUCUGCAGUAUCCAGUUGCGCUGAUAAGAAAAAAUUGCAACCAUCUUAUGAAAAUGCGACCAAAAGUUCUCUUGCUGGACCAUUGCAGCUCCAUCCUCUAGAUGUGAGCAAGAGUAUUGAGACUGGAAAAAUUUUAUCAACCCAACAAAUUAUUUUGGAGCAACAUGAUUCUGAUUCUGGAGGUCUACUUGGUGAACCAUCUGAAGGAAAAGAUCAGCUAGCCUCUGGACUUGUACAGACUAGAUCAGUAAAAACAAGCCCUACAGUGUCCAGCUGUUUUGCUGACAAACAAUUGCAGUCAACUUUUGAGAAUGUGCCUAAGAGUUCUCUUACUGAAUACUUGGGACUGCCUUCUGAAGAUGUUUUCAAGAGUAGUCAUGCUCAAACAAGUUUACUUCCUCAACAAACUACAUCAGAACAGAUGCAUGAAUCUGGUUCUGCAAAUGAUCUUGUAGAACAAAAACAUCAGCUUGGUUCUGAACUUAUGCAAAGUGAACCAUUAGGAACCAUUGUUGCAAUGUCUAGCUGUGUUAAUGAACAAAUGCAAUCAUUUUCUGAUAGUGUGGCCAAGAAUUCUGUUACUGAUCCUGUGGAACUGCUUUGUGAAAAUGUGAGGAGGGAUAGUCAGAAGGGAAAAAGUUCAUGCUCUCAACCAUCUAUAUCAGAACAGACAUAUGAAUUUGGUUCUGGAACUGGUGAAUCAUCAGAACAACAUCAGCUUGACUCUGAAUUUGUACAUAAUUUACCAGUUGAAACCAACACCGUGGUACCCACUUGUGUUGUUAUUGAACAAUCCGAGCCACACCUUGAAGCUGCAAAGAAGAGUUCUCUCAGUGAACAAACCGGCCCACCUCCUGCAGAUUCCAACAAGGAUCUUGGCACUGAACCAUUGGGACCACCUCCUGAUGAUGUGGCCAACAAUUCUACUCUUGAACAGUUGGAAACACCACCUAAAAAGACAAUCAAGAAUCCUAGGCGGUUGGGUCGCAGGGAUAAAAGAACACCAAAUUCCUUAAAGAAAAAAUAUAUGUUGAGGUCUUUGGUAGCGAGCGAUAGAGUUCUUCGCUCACGGACACCAGGGAAGCCUAAAGCUCCUGAAUCAAGUAAUAAUUCAGCACAUGUUAGCUCUGUGGAGGAGAAAAAAAAGAAGAUUAAGAAGAGAAGAGGGAAGAGGGUUGUAGCUGAUGAAUUUUCAAGAAUCAAGUCACGUCUCAGAUAUUUACUGAAUAGAAUAAGCUACGAGCAAAGCCUGAUUGAAGCAUAUUCUAGUGAAGGCUGGAGAGGAAGCAGCCUAGAAAAAUUGAAGCCGGAGAAGGAGCUUCAACGGGCCACGUCUGAAAUAUUUCGACGCAAAUUGAAAAUAAGAGAUCUAUUUCAACAUAUUGAUUUGCUAUGUGCUGAAGGAACGCUUCCAGAUUCUUUAUUUGAUUCUGAUGGACAAAUUGACAGUGAGGAUAUAUUCUGUGCAAAAUGUGGAUCGAAAGACUUGUCUGCAAAUAAUGAUAUUAUACUCUGUGAUGGUGCUUGUGACCGUGGGUUCCACCAGCACUGUUUAGAACCGCCACUGUUAAGUGAAGACAUUCCCCCUGAUGAUGAGGGUUGGCUAUGCCCUGGAUGUGAUUGCAAAGAUGACUGCAUUGAUACACUUAAUGAGUUUCAAGGAACAAAUCUUUCCGUUACUGAUAGCUGGGAGAAGGUAUAUCCUGAGGCUGCUACCGCUGCUGGACAUAAACAGGAUCACAACUUUGGACUUCCUUCAGAUGAUUCUGAUGACAAUGAUUAUAAUCCCUGUGAACCAGAUGAUGAGAAAGUUGAGGGAGAUGAAUCAAGUUCUGACGAAUCUGAAUAUGCUUCUGCAGCUGAGGAUUUGGAGGCUCCAGCUGAGGAAUUGGAGGCUCCACCUAAUGAGGAGCAGUACCUGGGGCUUCCUUCUGAUGACUCAGAGGAUGAUGAAUAUGAUCCUGAUGCUCCAGAUCUUGAUGAGAAGGUUACGAAGGAAAGUUCUAGUUCUGAUUUUACGUCUGACUCUGAGGAUUUUGCUGCUGUACUUGACGAGAACAGGCCUUCGGGAGGUUCUGGUAGAAAAAGAUCAAAAACUGGUGGAAAGAAGCAGUCUUUAAAUGAUGAGCUGUUAUCCACGAUAGACACAGAACCUGGUCAAGAUGGUUCUGCACCUGUUUCUGGAAGAAGACAAGUAGAAAGGCUGGACUACAAAAAGCUGCAUGAUGAGGAAUAUGGAAAUAUUUCUACUGAUUCAAGUGAUGAUGAAGAUUGGAAUGGUAUUGCUGCACCAAAGAAACGGAAGAGAACUACUGGAGAAGUUGCUCCCGUGUCACCAAAUGGAAGGACUCCAAAUGGAAAGAAUAAUAAGGAUAUAAAGCACAACCUGAAAGAGACUGAUCGUACUCCUAAGAGAAAUACUCGUCAGAAGGCAAAUGUUAAAGAUACAAAUAAUUCACCAAUGAAAUCUCCAAAUGGCUCUGGUAAAUCUGGUUCUCGUGGUAAAAGAACUACAUCAGCAUAUAAAAAACUUGGAGAAGCUGUGACUCAGAGACUCUACAAAUCAUUCAAGGAAAAUCAGUAUCCAGAGCGAGCUACUAAAGAGAGCUUGGCACAAGAGCUAGGACUCACAUUUCAAAAGGUUAGCAAAUGGUUUGAGAAUGCUCGUUGGAGCUUUAACCAUUCAUCACAUAUGGAAGCUCAUAUGGCUAAUAGUGCUUCAAAGAAGGAUACUCCCUCGCCUCAAAAAAACAAAAAAACGCUUGAGCCAGUACCAGAUAUGUUUACUAGAGAUUCCACUUGCAAUGGAGCCCCAAGCAAGGCAUUACCUAAGGAUAAUAUCAUCAUGCCAGAACACAGUGGGAAUUCGAGGGAUAGUGAAUUGGUGACUCAGGAAAGCAAUGAACGAAAAUCUACAACCCGAAGUUCUAGAAAGAGAAAGGGUAGGUCAGAAUCAGAUUGUCAGGCAUCAGGUUCGGAUUUGAGAAUUGAGGAGACAAAAAAGCCUCCAGCUAAAUCGCCAAAAGCUAAUGAAGUGCAAUCAGGUGGUGGAAUGAUGACAAGACGAAGGAAGUCACUUACUUGACAUUUCCAAUUUUAAUCCUUGGUUAUAAUUUUGAUCAUUCACCUCUUGCAACAGCUGAGAUCUUAUGAGAGAGCAACUGGCAUAUUGAAAGGUUUACUUUCUUCCCAGACAGCAAUACAAUUACCUAUGCCAUUUUUCUGUCAUUUGAUUAUAGUUCCCUGGUCUUCCUCUCCCAACUAAUUUUCCAUUUUUCUGUAAUUUGAUUAUAGUCUUAUGGUCUUCCUCUCCCAACUAAUUCACUUGUGGUGUCCUUAACAUAAUAAAGCUUCUCUGUAAAAUGUAGCUCACUUUCAUUCGUAAA